AUGGUAACGAACAGGGCAUGUGACAUACUAUAUCAUCUUGAAUGGCCAAAAAAGCCAAAAACAGUAAACAAUGAAGAUUUUGUAAUAGUUUCUGCCUUCUACAAUCUUGGGGAAUUUUUGAAGCCAAUCGGAAUUCGGAAGCCUUCCCAGUACUAUGAGUGGAUUUACAAAUACGAGUUUGUGAAAAAUCACAUUGUGUUUUUCUCGGAUAGCAAAUCUUUUCUCGACCAACUGUUAAAGGUCCGAAAAGGAAAACAAACCACUGCCAUUUAUCUUUCUCGUUGGGAGUUGAUUGGAUUUAAAAAUAUUCAGAGAAUAAAGGAAAUAUUCACUCUUCCGGGUUAUGGAAAGCACCCACUCCAGACGGGGAAUUCCCAGUAUUCGGCAUUCAUGCAUUCCAAACACGAACUGAUCGAAAGGGCCAUUCGAAUGUUUUCAAAUACGUCCUUGUAUUUUGCAUGGGCAGACGUGGGGUUAUUGCGUAAUACCGACCCUCAAAUGGACUAUAGUUUUACAACUUCCAAAUACAUUGACAAUAACAGCAUUUUCUUGUCCCAGGUAAAAGAUUUUCAUGAAGAAUCCAUGAAUAUAAUCACCAAAGACGCCAGAGAGUAUGUUGCGGGUGGCAUGUUCGUUGGUCAUGCCAAAGUCUUCCUCCAGUUCUGCGAAACGUACAAAAAAUUAUUUUAUAAACUCCUGGACCUCAAUUUAAUCGCUACAGACGAAAAAGCUCUCUACAUUCUCUUCACACGUGAAGGACGGGCUCUAGUAGACAGUAAUGUCAAUAUGCACGUGUACAAUUGCGGGUUUUUCGGAUUUUACACUCUCUUUUCAAAUGUUAAAACUACUGACAAAUGUGAUCUCAGGGAAAAACCAUAA